AUAGAAGACGACCAGCCUGCACGAAAUACAGUUCUACUUUUUUGAAAUACAGGUUAUAUCUAAUCUCGCACUAAAAUGUUGUAUCGUUCUUCUGUCUAAACUAUUCUGUAAGUCAUAAUCACAGCAUUGACACAUUGACACAUUAUAACAGAGACACUCCUAUAGAUAUAGCUAUUUGUUUUUUAGCACCAUUUUCGCACCUAUCCUGGACCAGCUGUAGAAGCCUGGUUUUAUGUUAACAGUGUCUUCAAGUAAAAUAUAUGCAGCUUCCAUGGCUCUCCUAAUCGGUUUUGGCAUGCCCUUUUCCAUCACUGUAGCUGAAUCCCAAGCUGGAAGAUGAUGACACUUUUCUAUAUGAAGCACCAUCGCAUUGGAUACAUUAUGAUUUCGAACAUCACGUUUGUGCUCUUGAAGUCGUGUUUUCAAACCCCUCCCCGUUUCACCGACAUAUGAUUUUGAACAUGGUCCAGAACAAGGUAUCUUAUAUAUAACACUGUUGUCUGAUGUGUUCACCUUCUUCGGUCGCACUAAAUCUUGAAUCUUGGAUCCUGAAACGAUGGCUACAUUGGUUCCAGCUGAUCGUAGACUAGUCGCUAUUUCGUUCGCUUGUUUCGAGAUGGGAAUCGUUAUGAAUCGUCCUCGUUUCUUUUGUUCUUGUUUUUGUUUCUUCUUUUCUUCUACACUCUUCCUCCUUAUUUCCUUCGCCUUGUUUUGGAGCCGAAUUAAGUAACCUUUUGGAUAAUGAAGUCUUGUAACGUUGACGACGUGCUCGUAAUAGUUCCACACGAUAUGAACCUGAAAGAGAAGGUUAUUGCCCUGAAUGCCGUCGAUCCGAAAAUCCAAUUCACAAUUGAAACCGAAAACAGCGGAACGAUUCCUUUCCUGGACACACUGGUUAUUAGGUGCGGAAGUACAGCAAAAUUUAAGGUAUACAGAAAGCCUACAAAUAAAGAAGACUACGUCCACUUCCUUUCAGGACACAGCGAUCGCGUAAAAAGUGGCAUAGUCAUCGGCUUCUUUCUCCGAGCAUUCAGGAUUUGUAGCGAAGAAUUCCUCGACGAAGAGAUCGCCCAUAUAUACGAAACGUUUACAAGACUUCAUUAUCCAAAAGGUUACUUAAUUCGGCUCCAAAACAAGGCGAAGGAAAUAAGGAGGAAGAGUGUAGAAGAAAAGAAGAAACAAAAACAAGAACAAAAGAAACGAGGACGAUUCAUAACGAUUCCCAUCUCGAAACAAGCGAACGAAAUAGCGACUAGUCUACGAUCAGCUGGAACCAAUGUAGCCAUCGUUUCAGGAUCCAAGAUUCAAGAUUUAGUGCGACCGAAGAAGGUGAACACAUCAGACAACAGUGUUAUAUAUAAGAUACCUUGUUCUGGACCAUGUUCAAAAUCAUAUGUCGGUGAAACGGGGAGGGGUUUGAAAACACGACUUCAAGAGCACAAACGUGAUGUUCGAAAUCAUAAUGUAUCCAAUGCGAUGGUGCUUCAUAUAGAAAAGUGUCAUCAUCUUCCAGCUUGGGAUUCAGCUACAGUGAUGGAAAAGGGCAUGCCAAAACCGAUUAGGAGAGCCAUGGAAGCUGCAUAUAUUUUACUUGAAGACACUGUUAACAUAAAACCAGGCUUCUACAGCUGGUCCAGGAUAGGUGCGAAAAUGGUGCUAAAAAACAAAUAGCUAUAUCUAUAGGAGUGUCUCUGUUAUAAUGUGUCAAUGUGUCAAUGCUGUGAUUAUGACUUACAGAAUAGUUUAGACAGAAGAACGAUACAACAUUUUAGUGCGAGAUUAGAUAUAACCUGUAUUUCAAAAAAGUAGAACUGUAUUUCGUGCAGGCUGGUCGUCUUCUAUAUUUUUUAUCGAUGUAAAGCCUAUAUCUUGUUUUUCCACUGACGAAGGCACUUUGUUGUCGAAACGUCUGGUCUUAUUACAUUGUUUUUGGAUUGUCAUU